AUGAAUUUAGAACAAAAUCCUAAUUCUAAUAGUCAAGAAUUAAACUCUAAAAAACAACAAUUAAAAGACUUAGAGACUAAAUCUAAAGAACUAAUUAAACCUUUGCCCUUAGAUACCCAAAUUACUAUCUUACAGAAAGAAAUUCAAGUCCUAACUAGCAAAUCUACUAAAACUAAGGUUGAAGAAAAGGUUUUGGAGAAGGAAGCAAAGGAUAGUGCUAACUUACUUGGAAAGGAAUUGGACAGCGAAACUCCUAUUUUAACUUUAUUGAAAAAAAAUAGUGAAGGGAUUACUUUUUCUGAUAUAGUUGGCAAAAAGAAAAUAGAAAAAAGUAUGUUAUCUGACCCCGAUGUUCAUAUUAAAAAAUAUGAUAUCAUUAGUAUUAAGAUGGAUGGCUUUUCUUCUUUCAACCUCAAUCAUGCAGUUGUUUACUUAGGAGAAAAAAAAAUAGUUCAUAUUUCUGGUUCUGGUAACUAUUUCACUGGUAGUGAUAGAUGA